GCUGUGGCAGUAUUUCUUAAGCAUUCGUCGUGGUUUGGCGUGGUUCUCCCGCGGUGUACAUUCGGCCGAAAAUUUUCCUUCGUUUCCCAUUGCUGUGUGAAGGGUGUGCGGGUGUUUAGAGAGGAAUUCGUUGGUCAGUGCAUGCGGAUUCGAUGUUCUUGUGAGGUCAAGUCUCGUUGAAAUUGGAUUCCAGUGAAACUUGAGUGACCGGACGGAAGACGGUGCGGUUUCCUGACCCCUAGGAGUGGUUAAUCUUCACCGCAGUACAAGCUUAGAGCCAUCCUCUUCCUGAGUAAGCAUGAGCAGGCGCUAUUCGCGUGUGGAGUCCAGCUCCGAUCUUCUCGCCUUCUUGGAUCGUGGGCAUUCCGCCAACACUGAGAACCGGUGGACGUUCGAGGUCGCAUGGGAGGUGGCCAACAAAGUCGGUGGAAUCUACACCGUAAUCCGCUCGAAAGCGUUCGUGUCUACGGAGGAACUUGGUGACCAAUACUGUCUGAUUGGUCCGUACAAUGACGCAUCCGCCAGAACGGAAGUGGAGGCUUGCGAGUUUCCGAACAAUGGACCACUGUACGGAGCAGUGCACGCAAUGCGCAAUCAAGGAUUCAAGGUACAUUGUGGCCGUUGGUUGGUGGACGGCAAUCCACAGAUCAUUUUAUUCGACAUCGGAUCGGCCGCAUGGAAAUUGGAUUCCUAUAAGCAUGAACUGUGGGAGUCAUCCAACGUCGGAAUUCCCCAUUUGGAUAUUGAGUGCAAUGAUGCUAUCAUUCUUGGAUAUACCAUUGCCUCAUUCAUAGCUGAGUUCAAAAACUGUGCCGAGGCAUACUCGCAUGACAAUGAGUACGGACCGCCACGUAUUGUAGCUCACUUCCACGAAUGGCAAGCCGGAGUUGGUUUGAUAGCACUUCGUACACGUCACGUAGAUGUUGCUACCGUAUUCACUACUCAUGCCACACUGCUGGGCCGAUACUUGUGUGCCGGAAAUACUGACUUUUACAACAAUCUUUCCAAGUUUCCUGUUGAUGAAGAAGCCGGCAAGCGGCAAAUCUACCACCGGUACUGCCUGGAACGUGCUGCAACUCAUUUGUCUCACGUGUUUACCACCGUCUCUGAAAUCACUGGCUACGAAUCGGAACAUUUGCUCAAACGUAAACCGGACAUCAUCACACCAAAUGGGUUAAACGUGAAAAAGUUUUCUGCCAUUCACGAGUUCCAGAACCUGCAUGCUUUGGCCAAGGAGAAAAUUAACGAAUUUACGCGGGGUCAUUUCUAUGGUCACUUUAACUUUGACCUGGACAAAACGCUGUACAUGUUCAUUGCCGGGCGGUACGAGUUUACCAACAAGGGAGCGGACAUCUUUGUUGAAUCGUUGGCUCGAUUGAACCAUCUACUGAAGUCUCAAUUGCCGGAUGUAACCGUUGUCGCAUUUUUGAUUUUCCCUACCAAAACUAAUAAUUUCAAUGUGGAAUCCUUACGUGGUCAUGCGGUCUGUAAACAGCUGCGCGACACGAUCAACAGUGUUCAGCAACAGGUGGGGAAGCGAAUGUUUGAAGCAUGCAUGCGGGGUCAUCUUCCCGAUGGUAACGAGCUGCUGACCAAGGAAGACGUUGUCAAAAUCAAACGUUGUCUGUACUCGCUUCAACGUGACACGAACCCUCCGGUGACCACCCACAACGUGGUAGAUGAUUGGAAUGAUCCAGUUCUGGAGUCAGUUCGGCGCUGUCAUCUGUUCAACACGAAGUACGAUCGGGUCAAAAUUGUGUUCCAUCCGGAGUUUUUGAACCAAACCAAUCCGUUGUUCGGUUUGGACUACGAGGAAUUUGUGCGUGGCUGCCAUCUGGGUGUGUUCCCGUCCUACUAUGAACCAUGGGGCUAUACGCCUGCCGAGUGCACCGUAAUGGGCAUUCCGAGCAUUACAACUAAUUUGUCCGGGUUUGGUUGCUUCAUGCAAGAACAUAUCGCUGAUCCAAAAUCGUAUGGUAUCUAUAUCGUGGACAGACGCCACGUCGGAUUGGAAGAAAGUGUCCAGCAGUUGUCUCGAUUUAUGUACGAUUUCUGCAAGCUGAAUCGACGCCAGAGAAUCAUCCAGCGAAACCGCACAGAACGUUUAAGUGAUUUGCUGGACUGGAGAAAUUUGGGAAUUUACUAUCGUCAAGCUAGAAUAAAAGCAUUACAAACGGUCUACCCGAACUACAUAGACGAAUCGGAGAGCUACCUUAAACGAGCUGCUGACUUCAGCUAUCCACGCCCUAUCAGCGCUCCUCCGAGCCCGAGUUCUUCUAGACACACUACCCCAGCACCAUCUCUGCACGGUUCCGACGACGAACAGGACUCGGUGAAUUCGGAGGAAGAACUAGAAGAGUUGAAGAAGGUCAAUAUGAACGACUAAACCUCAUACAGCGGAAAAUAUUUAGACAGCUACAAAAUUGACAAAAAAUAGAAUGACAUUAGAGAACGAGUCUAUUCACCUCCCCAGUUGACCCUAACAGCAACAUAGACCGGCUUCUUGGUUAGGUAGUAGAUGUUCCAAUUUAUCAAUAUCGUGCUACUUACCCUUCCAGGAACAUCGCUUCUUGCCAUAGGAUAUAGGUUGCGUUACCAUGGAUAUUUUAGAAUUAAUCUUUAUCUGUUCGAAAUAGCGCCGUAGAAUCGUAGCAGCGCACCACCGCCUCCUCUAAAAAAAAUGUACGCAACCUAGGUCCAAUCGGAGUGAUAUCUGGCGCAGCCUCAGAUAGCAGACGUUUAGGCUUACAUUGAAAAAGUGUGUAAACACAUUCUACUGCUAUUUCGAAUUAAGUGUGUAACUAAACCACAUUAAGCAAACGUUUGAUGGUGGUGCAGCGAUCGACACUAAGUUAUUGGAGCGUGCAACUGUCAAACUACGCGUAGCGAUCAGUUUGGUAGAUAGUAGUAGUGAGCCACGGAUUUCCAAGAUAUUUUCAUUGGAAAGUGUAUACAGGAUUAUAAGCUAAUUUUAAUCCAACCUAAACGUCUGUUAUCUGUGGUACAACUUUUUUUUCCGGAAGUUAGAAAAUUUAUCUUUCUAGUUCACAUGUUAGAGCAGCUAUAGUACUACUUUUGUGUUCAGCCAUAAGAGUAAUGUUAAAUAGAGAUUAUAGAAUCACAGAGCAACUUUAUAUAAUAAAUGUUUUUUUAUUUUUAUAAA